UAUAACAAAUAAUUUGAGGAAACGAUCAUACAGAAUGAACAUGUCUCUCAAAAUCAUUGUGGUCACUGCUUUGAUGCUUUUAGCAGUCAGUGCAGUUCUUGGAACAGAACCGGAAUGUGAGGCAGGUUAUUACGGCAAGGAAUAUGUAAAGUGCGCGGAUCAAGUGGAAUGUAUCUAUGUCCAAUAUGUUUGUGACGGAGAUCUAGAUUGUGAAGAUGGGUCAGAUGAAGAAAAUUGCCCAGUGGCAGUACCUGAAUGUGAGGCAGGAUAUGUAAAGUGCGCGGAUCAAGUGCAAUGUAUUUAUGAAAGAUAUGUUUGUGACGGAAUGGCAGAUUGUGAUGAUAUGUCAGACGAAGAAAAUUGCAAAGCGGUUCAGUACAAGAUUACCUACUCUAUAUUCAAUCACCGCUGGGCAAGAAGUAGAGACCCUCAGUUUGUUUACAUUAGAGGAUCAAAUGGAGAGACAGCUGAACAUCCGUGUGAUGCAGACUUCAAUGUAAUCAACCAAGAUGUUGUGUGUGUUUUUGAGAGUGAUAUUGACAUCGGGGAUUACGAAUGUGCAUUUCUGAGGACUGGAGGAAGCGAUGGACUUGAUCUAAAAAAGGUGUCGGUGCAAAUAGACGGUAUAGAGACACACACAAUUGUUCCUCAAUGGCGUGCAAACUAUAUAGGUCUGGACGAUGGUGAAACCAAAAAGUUCUGUAAAUCUGGCUAGGUGAUAACCGGAGUUGAAAAUGAUGUAGGUGCAUGUUCAUCGUAGUCGAACAUUGUUCAAUCGUACAACCGUCAAAAAAUAUGGGGAAAAUGAAGUAAACUGUUCAAAUUUUAUAUUUAUGAUUUUAAAAUGUGCUUUUUUAAACUUUAAAUUGCAUGACAAAAAUUGGCAUCUAAUAUUCAACACUUUUGUGGCGGUAUUGUAGUGACAUUAAUGCAUAUUGACUUCUUAAGUUAUGUCUUAUUGCUGUCUUAAGUUAUGUCUUAUAGUUACUGCUUAUCGUAUUGUUCUUAUAACUAAAAUAUU